GGUGCGGGGGGCUGUCCGUGAGGCGCGGGGCGAUGUGGGGCGCGGUGCCCGCGCGGCGGCCGGGCCGGCUGUGCCGCGCCGCCUUCCCCGUGCUGCAGGGCCGCGUCCCGCCCGAGCACCGGCAGCUGUUCCGGGAGAACCUCAGGAACAGCGAGGCUGCCCUCAAGAGAUAUACAGAAUUGCUAGAGAUGGUCAGUAAAGGAGGGGGAGAAAAAGCCAUCUUGCGUCAUACUCAGAGAAACAAGAAGCUGUUUGUUCGUGAACGCCUGAAGUUGCUACUUGAUGAUGAAUCUUUUCUUGAGCUGUCUCCGCUGGCAGGCCUCGAUAUGCCGUAUGGUGAUGUCCCUGCUGCUGGGUGCUUCACUGGAAUUGGCAAAAUCUGUGGAGUCUGGUGUGUGGUGGUGGCAAAUGAUGCAACUGUGAAAGGAGGAACUCUGUAUCCAAUUGGAGUGAAGAAACAAUUGAGAGCUCAAGAAAUAGCCAUGCAGAACAGACUGUUAACAGUGUACCUUGUUGACAGCGGGGGAGCAUUCCUACCACUACAGUCAGAGCUAUUUCCUGACAAGUCACACGGUGGCAGAGCUUUCUACAAUCAAGCAAUAAUGUCUGCCAUGAGAAUCCCUCAGCUGGCAGUGGUGUGCGGCUCGUGUGUGGCUGGAGGUGCCUACUUACCAACCAUGUCAGAAGAAACUGUGAUUGUAGAUAAAAUCGGUACACUCUUCCUUGCUGGUCCACCUCUGGUGAAAGCUGCUACAGGAGAAUAUGUCUCUGCCGAGGACCUAGGAGGAGCGAAACUUCACUCUGAAGUCAGUGGCUGUAGUGACCAUUUUGCAUCUUCAGAAAAGGAAGCCUUUGAAUAUAUUCGAAAUGCUGUCUCAACAGUAAAUUAUGAUCCGCUGCCAGAGAAGGCCACAGAGCAUGACAGCCCUCUGUAUAGUUCUGAUGAACUCUUGGGAUUGGCACCACAAGAUUAUAGCUGUAGCCUUCCUGUAAAACUGAUUCUGAGCCGUCUGAUGGAUGGAAGCAGAUUCCAGGAAUUCAAGGCUAAUUAUGGAACAACAUUAGUAACAGGAUUUGGCCACAUGGAAGGGCACUUGGUGGGGAUAGUGGCCAACAAUGGGGAGCUGUCUCAUGAUGCUUCUCUCAAGGGCAGCCAUUUCGUACAGCUGUGUAGUCAGCGGAACAUUCCCAUCCUCUUUUUCCAAAAUACUGCUCCGCAUUCAGCAGUGCCAACAAGCAUCUCACAGGCAGAGGCUUAUUCCAACCGGUUAAAAGCCCAGGCCUCCAUGAUGGCUGCUGUUGCUUGUGCUGCUGUUCCCAAAAUCACCAUUGUAAUUGGUGGCUGUUACGGGAGUGAGAGUUACGUUAUGUGUGGCAGAUCAUUCAGUCCAAACUUUUUGUUCCUGUGGCCUAAUGCAAGAGUUGCUCUUGUGGAUUCAAGACAUUUCUCCACAGUCCCACAAGCUGGGGACAAUGACUGUACAGGAGAUGAAUCAGAGCUAAAACGACUGAAAGAAAAAUCAGCACGUCCCAAACAACUAAGGCAAACCUGAAUCUACUGAAAAAUAUUUUAAAUUCCCAUGUAGUUCCAUGUCUGCUCUUGAGAUCUUCCCAAGGAAACACAGAUGUUUGACUUAAAAAACAAAACCAAGAAAACACCAUCCAGCCCUGAAACCAUACAGCCCCAAAUCAAGAUAUUUUGCUGUAUAUUAAACAAUGGUGAUAUGAGUGUGGAGGAUGGUCUGUACUGCAGAGUGAUCAGAUCUGUUAUGUAUUGUUUGCUGGAUCCAAAUUAAUUUUAAUAGUUGCACUGCACAUUCACUUGAGAUUGAAGUAUAUGCCUUUUUCAUCUGUGAUUUUGUUUUACCGGCCUGGUGGUUUUAUUACAUUUUAAUUAAUGCUCUGUCUU